CGCCGCUUUGAGCCUUUCCCCCUCACCCUGAUAUGGGGUGGCCAGGAGUUGGCCCCACAGCCUUCCUCUGUGGGGGGCUUCUCAUCACCUACCUUCUAAGGGAGGCAUCUGGACAGAGCAAGCUGCCGGAGAGCCGGGUGUGCUCCCGCCACAUCUUGCGAAUCCCUCUAGUCUACAACGAGACGUAUGCCAAGCCUCAGCAUCAACCUUACCUGACGCUGUGCCCUGGACCUCGGGUCUGCAGCACCUACAGGACUACAUACCGGGUGGCCACGCGGCAAGUGAAGAAGGAGAUCCUGCAGUCCAACGCCAUCUGCUGCCAAGGAUGGAAGAAACGGCACAUGGGGGACCAGAAGUGUGAGGAAGCUGUCUGCCACAAACCAUGUCAGAACGGAGGCACCUGUAUCCAACCAAACCAGUGCCAGUGCCAGCCAGGCUGGGGGGGACGAUACUGCCACAUUGAUCUGGAUGAGUGCCGGGCACCUGUCCCCCUGUGUGCGCAGCGCUGUGUGAACACCCCUGGGAGCUACUCUUGCCAGUGUGAUCCUGGCUAUACUCUGGGUCCAGAUGGCAAAAGCUGUCACCUGCUUCCUACAGCCCAGCCUUCACCUGGGCCCGGCAGCAAAGGGGUGCGUGUGUGGAGAGACAAGGGUGCCGAGGACUGGGGAGCCAAGGAGGCAGAGGAGCAAAGACUUGGGCCUGCUUCUCAUGGCAAGCACACAGAGCAAACUUUAGAGAUGCAGGAGAAGAUUUCCAACGAAGUCCACGAACUUCAAGUGAAACUAGAGCAGCUAGAAAAGCGUCUGGAUCGUGCCAUUUCUGUCUUGCCACCCCCCCUGGAGCCCACGCAGCUGAAAGAGUUGUGGAGUCGCCUUCAGUAUCUGGACCAGGUGGAAUCGCUCAGUGACCAGCUCCUUUUUCUUGAAGAGAAACUGGGGGACUGUGCCUGUCAGAAUGGCAAAAAUGGCUUUGGUUAUGAUAUUGCCCGGUGAUGCCAGGAUUCAGUAUGGAUUUUGGAGUCAACCCCCCCGCCUACCUGGACGACUCCUACCUAUAUACCAGCAGUGGCCGCUUGGUGCUCCCAUUAACACCUCGCCCUUUAUUUAUGCUAAAUGAGUACAUUCUGGUAAUUCAUUAAAAGCCACUUUCACAGU